CAGGAUUCCAAACCCUCCGCUGAACCCCCGACCACCGCCGCAACCACCACCACCUCUACCCCCGUACCCGCAUCCUUAACCACCCCCCCUGAGGGUACCGUGCAGGUCCGCACAGGACCACAACGGGUCAACCCUCCUUCCACCCCCUCAACCUCCACUUCCACAUUCCCAAACAGGGGAAGGGGAACGCGGUUUCCCCCCAACAGGGGGACCACAAGGGGCGCACAUCCGCCCAGAGGAAGGGGGCAGCACAGAGGACCGUACCGAGGGCGGCGGGGCACACAAGGGCGCCGCGGCUCCCAAGCACAAUAGUCCCCACCAACCUCAACGCCCAAAGGGGAUGGCGAUACUACAGGCCAACCUACACCACGCUAUCGCAGCCUCUGCGGUCAUAGAAAAGAUCUUCAGCGAAGGUGGCCUGGACAUCGCCCUCAUUCAAGAACCAUGGAUAAACGCCGACUCCAUGGUAGCCGGUCUGAACAACGCUGAACUUUGCAGCGAAGAUACUGUCACCGCGUACGUAGAAGUCAAAGGGCCGAACAGGUCCAAAGUACUCUUCUGCUCGGCAUAUCUUCCUGGAGAUAAGCAAGAUCCCACUGAAGAACUGACUAACGUCCUGGAAUACUCUAGAAGACAAAAGUCAGAACUGAUAGUGGGAUGCGAUGCUAACGCCCACCAUACCAUCUGGGGAAGCUCGGAUACCAACAUGAGAGGUGAGUUACUAUCCGAUUUUCUUCUAUCUAACUGUCUACAGGUGCUGAACAAUGGCCACACGCCAACAUUCGUAACAAAAACCAGACAGGAAGUAAUAGAUAUAACAUUCGCAACAGAAAAUGUGUCAAAAUGUAUAACAAAAUGGCACGUCAGCAGCGAGAACUCAAUGUCUGAUCAUAGACAUAUACGUUUUGAUAUUUCAGGGCUGGUAGAAGCUCAAUAUCCAAGAGUAAGAAAUCCAAAAGACACCUCCUGGGAUAUGUAUAUGUCACCGUAA